GUGAUCACCGCCCAGUUCAAUCAUAGUUUAUCGAGCAAUGAAAUGGAUUUAUUAGAACCUUUUUUAAAUAACAGUAACAGCCUACACGCACUGCUGAAAAGCUGGCCCUGGACUUAGGUGCAAAAUGGCAGCGAAAAAAAGAAAGUUAUCCGGAGAUUACGUUAAGUUUGGAUUUACCUUCAUAGAAAAAGAAGAGUUACAAUUGCCUCAGUAUGUGAUAUGUAUGAAAGUUUUAAGUAAUGAUAGCUUGAGACCCAAUCUCCUUGAAUGGCAUUUGAAGCAACAACAUCCUACUCUGUUUUUGAAGACAAUAGAGUUUUUUUCUUCUAAACCAGAAUCACUCAAGCGGAUGAGGCUGGAUAAAUCGGUUUGAAUGAAUAUCAAGGGUCCUUGCACUGUGCCUUUUGGGUCUCCAUGUUUAAGGUAUUUUGUUU